AUGUCUACGAAAGUGGUUGUAUGCUUAUUUUGAAAUUAUGGUGCACUGUAUAUUAAUUAAUAGAUAUAGAUAGUUUGAGAAAGAAAUAAAUUUAAUGGUUUAUUGAGAAAUUCAGAAAAACAUGCUGAAUCUGUCUGAGGAAAUUGGGAAAAAAAAAACAUUUAACAAAGGAUAUCUACUUCGAAGCGUCAAAGGGUAUGAAAAUUACAAUGGCUCAACCAGUAGAUCCUCAGCCAUUAGGACCAAAAAAGACUUUUUUUGUAAUGGUAACCGUCGUAGGCUGUAUUGCUAUUUUAUGGCCAAAAAUAUUUCAUCCAAUGUUGUUUAGUACAACCAUGAAAGCUAAUGUAAUAGAUCAACGAGGAACAGGUUGCUGUGAUGUUGUACUCGACCAAGAUGAGUUCGUGAAUACCUCAGUUUUAAUGCAAAAUUCUUCUGAAAAGCCAUCAUUUAGAAAGCAUUUAAAACUGCUUACUGAAAAUACUAGUAUUCGACAAGAACGUCCUCCGCAUUUAAGGGCUGAUGUAAUUCAUCCAGCGAUGAAAGAACGAGGCCGUGCAUUUCAUCCAUCAUUGCCUACGAUUCCCAUUACAACUGAUCGACCACAUGUUCCACCCAUUAAACCAAAAUUCGUGGAAGGCCGGCCUGGACCGAUACCUGGAAUGCGUCCUCCAAUGGGUGCUGGGUCGCAUCCACAAUCAACAAAAACAUCCUCAAUGGGACUCAUUAUGCCAUUGUAUACAGUAGGAAUAGUGGCAUUUUUUCUUUACACAAUAAUGAAACUAGUUUGUAAAAAGUCACCAACAACUCCUUAUGAGCCAAUCCAGUCCAAUCCAAAGUUCAGAGAAAAGGUUUUUGAAAAUGUUGAACAACAAUUGUUAAAGCGCCCAGAAGAUGGUACAACUAAAUUAGCUUGGAAGGAUCAUGAUGCAAGUACAUAUCAUCCUGAAGAAUAUUUGUACGAAAGUUGUCAGCAUAUACAUCAAUGUUCACCUUUUAUUGCUAAUAUAGAUUCAUCAAAAAUUGUUAAAAAAACGUUUCCCGAAAAACAAAGUGCAAUUUGUGAAAAAAACUCUAGUGAAAAAGUUUAUGACUCUCUACUUUUAAAUGAACACAACGUGUGUUCACAAAAAGACUCGAAAGUAGUAAAAGUUAAAAACAAAAAAAAUGAAACAAAUACUAAAUCUGAAACUGAGUAUGCAUACAACACAAAAGAAAAACAACAAUUAUUGGAGAUUGAUAUGCUACGAAAAAAACUUGCAGAAACUGAAAGUGCAAUGGCAAAUAUUAUUUCAAAAAUGGAUAUGAUUCCUACAAAUCUACAAAAGGACGUACAAUCGGUCACCGAAAUAUUAUAUAGAGGUGGACCGCCAGCCGUAGUGCAGUCACAAAAUCAAGAGAAUAAAGAUAAUGGAACAGCUCAAGUAAAAGUAGUUGGUUUAGAGCUUACUGCCGUUUGCCAAGAUAAUAAAAGGUGGAAUCGUCCUUUGUCACCUAUAAGCCCAUUAUUGUCACAUAGAUAUCACCAUGAAAACUCAAAUGUUGAAGCAGUAACGGAUGAUCCAAAUAUGAUUUUCAUACAAGCCUCUGUGGAGCCUGACGCGCAGAUUUUGGUAGCUGACACAAAUCAAACAUCAGAAGAAUUAUUGGAACAUAACGAAUUAGCAGAUACCGCUGUUAUUUUAAGCGGACGAAUGACUUUGUCUCUAAUUAAUACAAGACUUAUGAGCCCUAAAUCAAAUAAAAAAGAAUUUCCUGAAAUCGAUGAAUACUUAGACAAGAACGAAGAUAUGGAAAUUGAAGCCGGCUCCAUGGAAAUAACGAAGAACUAAGAUUAAUAUAGUUCUAUAAAAUUCUGUUCAGUUUGCGAUUUUUGUUAAGUUAUAUGAAUUAUUUUUUGUUCAACUGAUCUGAUUUUAAUUAUAAAUAACAAAGCUUUAUUGAAAAUGUAGUUUAACACCUUACAAAAAUGGCAAUAUAUAUAAAUUUUCCUUUGUCUCAAUGUCAACCUAAAUAAAAUAUGUUUAUUGUUCAUACACAUCUAAGAAAUUUUGAAAAUGGUAU